UAAUCAUUCAAUGAUGAAGUGGUAAAAGUUGAUAAGUCGAUUCGGUGAUUAUUUCACGAAUAUCUUGAAAAUCAAAUCAGAUAACAGUAUUCUUUUAGAAAUUUUUCGUGGUGCUCUUCAUGAGUUCUGCAAAAAAAGCUUUUGAUAAAAAUUGAAUUAUCUUCAUUAAUCACUUCGUUACUUGAUGUCUGGAAAUGAUUGAAUGACACGAAUAUUUCACGAUAAUACUGUGAUAUUAUUGGCAGUCUCGGAGAGACUCUGCAAGGAGUAUGAGCAGCAGAAGCGGCAGUACGACGUAGAAACAGGUGCCCUCCACAAAGCAAUGCAGCAGGCGUCCCAAUGGUACAAGCAGAAUCGCCAGCUCAAGAGGCAGUCCCUGGUGCUCACCCAGAGAAUCCUUGAGUCACGUCCUGAUGCACUUGCUGAUGACUUAUGUCUCUCUGACGAGGUCGAUGCUAAUGAGAUUGACGAUGCUGAAGAGCUACGGCAGACUAUCACCGGUUGGUAUCACAUCAAAUUCAUUGGAAUAAUUAUUAAUAUUUAGUAUUGACGCUGAUGAUAUCGAUCUGAGGAAAAAUGCGGAACCUUCAAUAAAAAGGAGGGGAUUCUCCGUUGGAAUUACGCAAUACGUAUUUUUAAAUUCCAUAUAAAUAUUGAAUUGCUGAAAAUGUAAUGUUUCUUUGGUUGGAAUUUCAAGAGUAAUUUUGUGGUGCGUCGCAAUUCGAGAAGUGAAAAUAAAUAA